AUGCCUCCGGCUCUGGCUCCGCUUCCGUAUCCUUACUCUUCUAUACCGGGUUCGAUCACUCCCACUUCUCAACUCUACUCCCAGUCCGGAACGUGUGAAAAGCAGCAACAGCAACAAUCUCUGGAUUCUUUUUCUAAUAGAUCCCAUCACUGGACCGCUCCCUGGAGGGCCGGUCUACCAACACCUCCCAGCGAAAUGAUGAACGGGGUUGCCUAUAACGCCUAUCUUCCUUCAAAUCCACUUACCACCACUACGACAAACACCCCAGGCAGCUAUGGCAGCAAUCGAAAUGGACUUUCGCUGCACUCGUACAGCAACUAUCCCAGUCACUCUCGUUCCAGCUACGGUUCUUCAUCGUUGUCCUCGACUUCUGCAGCCGUGUCUAGCAAGCCCCAAUAUCAGCCAACGUCGUCCGCCAAGCCUGUCGAAUUAGCGGGUCAGAAGAAGUCCACAAGCUCUUCGCUCCCCUCGUAUCUGCAGAUUCCCUCGUCCAUCAGUGACACAAAUGGCAAUCUCGCAGAAUUUGCAGCUCAGAUGACAUGUCUGUUCUGGUUCGAGAGCACAGCCAAGUUGAACGCGAUUGAGAACCGCCUGGACGGCCUCCCGAGCCUCGUUCCUGAAGUCAGUCCCGCAUUGGGUUUUCAAAAAUGGGUGACCACGGUGCUGUCGACGACGCAAGUCAGCCAGAACGUCAUCCUGUUGGCUCUCAUGUUCAUCUAUCGGCUCAAGAAGUUCAACGCCGGCGUCAAAGGGAAGAGUGGCAGUGAAUUUAGGCUGUUGACGAUUGCUCUGAUGCUGGGAAACAAAUUCUUGGACGACAACACUUACACCAACAAAACGUGGGCUGAAGUGUCAGGGAUAUCAGUGCAGGAGAUUCACAUAAUGGAAGUCGAGUUUCUCAGCAAUGUUCGAUACAACCUCUUUGCAUCGGCAGAGGAGUGGACCGAGUGGCAUUCUAAGUUGAGGCGUUUCUUUGAGUUCUACCGCAAGGCUUCUUUGGUCCCUGAGGGUAGUGAACAGCUGCUUCCCAAGACUCCUCCCGCCCUCCGCAUCUCUCCCAGCUUGGGACCUACGCCUCCGUUGCCGUCAUUGUCUCCUGUCUCGAAGCUCCCAUCGCCCCCGGUAAACGAGCCGUUGCGUGCCUUGCCAAACUGGAACGUUCCCAUGAACAAUGGCUCAUAUGCACCUCUUCCCCGGCUUGGGAAUGAAAUCCCGCCAUCCGUCAGUUCCCGAAAGCGGAGCCGUGAUGAACCGGCGGAGGAGCAUCCGAUGAAGCGAGUAGCCGUAUCUACCAACCCUCCUGUUGCAACUCUUCCGCCAUCUUCCGCUCUCCCCAGCAUCCCGACGCUUCCGCCGGUGUUGACACCGACUUCCGCUCCAGCUUCCCAGGCACCAAUGGCGAGACCAGUUUCCCAGCUUCCACGACCCAACAUCCCGGCCGCUUCCAACCUGACUCCUACCGUUCCCUCUUCCCUCUCGCAUCAACUCCCUCCGGUCUCUGUGCGUCCGGUGCCUUCAUCAUACAACACACCGACGUCUGCGUCGAACUGGGCCUCCCAGAUGCCAUCGACCACCAUUCCGUCUAUGUCGAGCGGCAUGUACACUACGCCUGUGUCUCUGCCGGACCCAGGACGACACCACCUUGGCGUCACUUCGGCCACCGUCUCACCGGCGCUGUCAGCGUACUCCGUUCACACAUCUCCAACCCAUCUGUCACCGUCCUUCUGGCUGGCGAACCGCAACUCGCCCUAUCGGCCUGUGCGAUCCGUCAACACUCUGCUAAUCCCUCCCCCGUCUGCGUCGCUUCAGCAAAACCGGCCCGUUCCUUAUGACCAUAUGCACUAUCAACCCUUGGGAAAGCCAGCGGCGGAGCGCAGAACCGGCCUAGUACCUUAUCUUCACCAGGACGCAUGGCCCCAGGGGCCCAUUGCUCAACCUGUCUUCCACCCCACUCCGAACUAA